AUGAGCAUGGGGCUGGCAGCAAUGGUGCCUGGAGAGUCAGGACAAACAGACAGAGCUGAGACAGAACCACGAUCGGCAAUGGACUCUGGGGCCAGCCUGCAUGCCUAUGACAUCACAGUUGUGGUCAUCUACUUUGUCUUCGUCAUUGCUGUGGGCAUCUGGUCAUCCUUUCGUGCAAGCAGAGGGACCAUUGGAGGCUAUUUUCUAGCAGGGAGAUCCAUGAGAUGGUGGCCAAUUGGAGCCUCUCUUAUGUCCAGCAAUGUGGGAAGUGGCUUGUUCAUUGGCCUGGCUGGGACAGGAGCUGCUGGAGGCCUUGCUGUGGGUGGCUUUGAGUGGAAUAUGAGGAGGCCAAGGGCUGGAAAAGGGAAGGGAAUCACAAACUACUCGCACAUCUUAUUCUCUCUACUCUUCCAGGCAACCUGGCUGCUCCUGGCCCUUGGCUGGAUCUUCGUGCCUGUAUACAUUGCAGCUGGUGUAGUUACAAUGCCACAGUAUCUGAAGAAGAGAUUUGGUGGUCAGAGGAUCCAGGUGUACAUGUCCGUCCUGUCUCUAAUCCUCUACAUCUUCACCAAGAUAUCGACUGACAUCUUCUCUGGAGCACUUUUCAUCCAGAUGGCUCUGGGCUGGAACCUUUAUCUCUCCACAGUGAUCCUGCUGGUGGUGACAGCUGUCUACACCAUUGCAGGGGGCCUCACCGCUGUGAUCUACACAGAUGCUCUACAGACCGUGAUCAUGGUGGGAGGAGCCCUGGUCCUCAUGUUCCUGGGUUUUCAGGAGGUGGGCUGGUACUCAGGCCUGGAACAACAGUACAGGCAGGCAAUCCCUAACAUCACAGUUCCCAACACUACCUGUCACCUUCCACGGCCUGAUGCCUUCCACAUGCUCCGGGACCCUGUGAAUGGAGAUAUCCCCUGGCCGGGCCUCAUAUUUGGGCUCACAGUCCUGGCUACUUGGUGCUGGUGCACAGACCAGGUCAUUGUACAGAGGUCUCUCUCUGCCAAGAAUCUGUCUCAUGCCAAGGGAGGCUCUGUGCUGGGGGGCUACCUCAAGAUCUUCCCCAUGUUCUUCAUCAUCAUGCCUGGUAUGAUCAGCAGGGCCCUGUACCCAGAUGAAGUAGGCUGUGUGGACCCUGACAUCUGCCAAAGGGUCUGUGGGGCCCGAGUGGGAUGCUCCAACAUCGCCUACCCCAAGCUGGUCAUGGCUCUCAUGCCCAUCGGUCUGCGGGGCCUGAUGAUUGCCGUGAUCAUGGCUGCGCUCAUGAGCUCUCUCACCUCCAUCUUCAACAGCAGCAGCACGUUGUUCGCCAUUGAUGUCUGGCAACGCUUCCGCAAGAAGGCCACAGAGCAGGAGCUGAUGGUGGUGGGCAGAGUGUUUGUGGUGUUCCUGGUCGUCAUCAGCGUCCUGUGGAUCCCCAUCAUCCAAAGUGCCAACAGUGGGCAGCUCUUCGACUACAUCCAGUCCGUCACCAGCUACCUGGCCCCACCUAUCACUGCCCUCUUCUUACUGGCCAUCUUCUGUAAGAGAGUCACAGAGCCCGGAGCCUUCUGGGGCCUCAUGUUUGGCCUGGGAGUGGGGCUUCUACGCAUGAUCCUGGAGUUCUCCUUCCCAGCCCCAGCCUGUGGAGAGGUGGACAGAAGGCCUCCGGUGCUCAAGCACUUCCAUUAUCUUUAUUUUGCACUUCUCCUCUGUGGGCUCACUGCCAUUGUUAUCAUUACUGUUAGCCUCUGUACAACACCCAUCCCUGAGGAAAAGUUAGCUCGCCUGACCUGGUGGACACGACAUUAUCCCCACUCUGAGCUGGCGAAGGAAGACCAUGAGAGCAUACCAGAGAUGUCACAGAGGUCAUCCAGGGAGGGUCCUGCAGGAGACGGAGUGCUGGAAAACUGCAGUGAAGGCCAAGAGACACCUGAAGUCCCACGCAGGUCCUGGGGAAGGCUGCUCUGGAACUGGUUGUGUGGCCUCUCAGGAGCCCCCGAGCAGGCUCUGAGCCAAGCAGAGAAGGCUGCACUGGAGCAGAAACUGACCAGCAUCGAGGAGGAGCCCCUCUGGAGAAGCAUCUGCAACAUCAAUGCCAUCCUCUUGCUGGCCAUCAAUAUCUUCCUCUGGGGCUAUUUUGCAUGA